AUGUUCAUAAAGGAAACUGCUCACAAGGUUGCUAAAAGCUCUUCGACAGCCAACGACCGGUUUCGCCCUUCUUGGGGCUCAUCAGGUAGGCGCAGUCUCCGAGUUUCCCUCAACCUUAAUCAUUUGCCAAUCGAUUUGGUUUUACGAGAGACUUCAACUAAAUCUCUGGUUUAUGAUAUUCUACAAUUGAAUAAGCUGCGCACAGACCACUCAUGUUUCAAUUGGCACGAUAUUCGAGAUAUUGCAGUAUAUUUUCAAAUGAGUAUAUUUCUCGAAAACAGUCCAAUUUGGGUUCAAGUAGAACAUGAGGUUGACGAAAACUCUGGGAUUAUGCCUACCUGA